AUGGCCUUCACUCAAUCGCCUCAAGGCGGCCAUGCCGGAAAGACUUAUGUGGUGGAGCACCUGGAUCCUGAGUUAGGACCUUGGUCUGCUCUUGAGUACCUCACCAUUUCUCGAGAAUCGCACGAGAAUGGCGCCAAAUUCUGUCUCUCUUCUGUUCCUGAGACGUUAAAAUUGCCUGCGGAACUCCAACACGUGCAAGGCUUAGAGGUCGAACACCGCAGCGUAGAGACAAUUUACGCAGAAAAGAAAGGUUCCGUCUGCCUACUGGACCCUGCGGCGAAAAAAGAAUUGUCGCCAGAGGAUGCGGGCUCAUUUGACGUCUUCCUAUUCGGAGGCAUUCUUGGUAUUGCAACCCCCAAAAAUGGUGACGAUCCCCCUAGAGAUCGUACCUCUGAAUUGAGAAAGAAAGGCUUUGAAGGCCGAAGACUAGGGCCUGUUCAGAUGACAACUGAUACCGCCGUAAGGGUGACUAGGAUCGUCAUCCAGGAUCAAAUUCCAUUGGACAAAAUCCAGUAUGUGGACUAUCCGGAAUUGAAAAUCAAUAAGCAUGAAAGCACCGAGAUGCCCUUCCGCUAUGUCAAGGACAAAGACGGUCGGCCCACUAUGCCUGAAGGUAUGGUUGAAUUGAUCAAAAAGGACUCGGAGAAAGCCUUGGACGAUAUCUUAUAG